GCGGGAUUCCACCGCUAUCCCACCCUGUCCGAAUAUCUUCCCAGUAGACCCUUCCAUCUCCCCUCAUAUCCUUCAUUCUGUAGUAAGCAAAUUGCUCUGAGAGAAUCCGUCUCGAGGAUGAAGUUCGAAUACCCCUCUGUGUCGCCCAUCUGAUUGCCGUGUUGCAAGCCUUGAGUUCAGCAUCAAGAGGAGAGUCAGCUUGCAGACGAAAACUCAGACCAUAAUUACGCAUAAGAGCUCCCCCAGACGAUUGCCCAGCUGAAAUGGAUGAAUCGACAUUCAUCUUCAGAUUUGGCGUGAGGUGAACGUUGCUGAUCUUCUCCAUCUGACUUCCUGAAAAGCAGAGUUAAAAGAGAAGUAUCCAUCCGUGUUUGGUAACCAGAAAUUUUACCAUUAGCAUCCAGAUCACUUAUCCGGACAGAUAAUUAAAUGAAGAUGCAAUGAAGAUUUAAAGACAAAAACUUUGAAGAUUGUUAGAGAUAUUUUUAUUGUAAUUGUGAUCAAUGUUACUUUGCUAGUUUAUAGAUAGCUAGAAUAAUGAAUAGGCCUUUUAAGGCAAUUUGUAAUAAAAGGUUUUAUACCUUUUUAGGUAUGGGCCUCCUAGAAAAAGGAGCCCAAAUGAUUGUAAAACCUACCUUUCCCGUCAGGCUAUAUAUAUGCCUUAAGGGAAAGGCUAGGUUAAGCUUUUCAGAUAUUCUCAUACCCUAGUGCCGCAGAGCCUAUAUCGGUGAUAGAAGUUUUACGCUAAGUUUUGUUCAUCAUUCUGUAAACUUCUUCAUCAUUCAAUGGAAAGCUUCAUUCCCAGAUCUAUCUUCCAUACAUAUAUUCUAGACUAGAAAACAGGGACCUAACAUCUGGUAUCAGAGCCGGAGCUGAUCGAUCGAUUGAAGGCUGAAAAACACUCCUGCGCGAUUCUUCAUCGUUGAAGUUUCGCACUUGAGCGAUUUUUGGUUCUAUUUUUGUUGUUGUUUUUGCAGGAAAUGGCUUGAAGGAAAAGGUUUCUACUGUUGCUAGGAUCAUUCCUGGAGAAAAUCUCGAUCUGAAAGUUGACGUACAGGUCAGGCAGAAGUUGAGCGAUCCUGAUAUUUAGCGCAACUCCCUGGAACGAAGAACAGGUUCGCGCGAUCAAGCUCCUGCGCGAUUUCUCAGCUUCGCGCAACAUUGCCUGCGCGAUUCUGGAUUUGCUCCAUUUGCCUUCUGCGCGAUUUCAGACUUCACGCAACAGCUCUCCUGCGCGAUCUGGAGUUUCGCGCAACUCUUCCUGCGCGAAAUUGGACUUUGCGCAAUUUUUCUCAAGUUGAGCGAUCCUCCUGCGCGAUUCAGCAUUUUGCGCAAACCUCCUUGCGCGAUCCAGAACUUGAGCGAUUUUAUACUUGAGAGAUUUUUUUAAGUUGAGAGAUUGUUUGCUAAGUUGAGCAAUCUUUUUGGUAAGUUGAGCGAUCUUUGUGAGAGUUGAGCGAUCCUUUGUAAAAGUUGAGCGAUCUUUAUAAAGUUGAGCGAUCUUUGUAAAGUUGAGCGAUCCUUUCUAAAGUUGAGCAAUCUUUGUAAAGUUGAGCGAUCCUUCAACACUUGAGCGAUUCUACUUGCAAAGGACCUUCUGCCCAAAGUACUGAAACCAACAAAACAGAAUCAAAUCAAUCAACUGAUCAGCCCGAUCAUUUAACAUGGAUGCACUAUCGAUUGGAAACGAUACAAGACCCCCGAUUCUUCGAAGAGGGGAGUACAACGUAUGGAAGAACAGAUUCUUAAAUUUUCUUGAAAGCAAGGACCAAUCCUCAGGUCUUCUUGACUCUAUCACGAAUGGACCUGCACAAUUGAUGAUAGCAGUUGAGAGAGAUAACGGAAACAACCCACCUGUUGAGAUUGAGUGGAGACCAAAGACUGUUGAUGAAUAUGAUGACGAGGACAGAGCAAGACUCCGGGCAGAUCUCAUUGCCAAGACCUACCUGUUGCAGGCCAUCCCGAACGACAUCUAUAUGCAGAUUGACAGCAUGUCAACUGCAAAAGAGAUGUGGGAUGAGAUCUUCAAGAUCAUGCAAGGCACAGAGAUAGGAGUAAAGGCGAAGAAAGCUAGCACAUUCACUGCUUAUGACUCAUUCAAAGCCAAGCUCGGAGAAUCACUUGAAGACACCUACCUCAGAUUCCUGCAAUUGAUAAAUGAGAUGAGAAAGAUUGGCGUGCACAAGUCAAACAUGGAACUGAACGUGAGAUUCCUAUCUUCUCUUGGAGCUGACUGGAAGAAGCUGAGCUCACAGAUAAGGCACACGAAAGACCUUGAUGAAAUGGACAUCCAUGCUGUGUACAAUACACUUGACCAGUAUGCUGAAGAUUUUUCUGACCUCGUGGUCGCCUCUGUGACAGCUGAUAAAGGGAAGGGAGCCGUGGACAAGCUUGCCGACACCCUUGCCCUGAUGCUUGACAAGCCAUCGAAGUCUGGCUCCAAGAAGGAUAAGAUGAUAGUUGAAGAAAGUGAGACUACUGACAGUGACGCAGGAAUGAGGAAUGAUUCAGAUGAUGAUGAGAUGCAUGAUUUUCAGAGGCAAAUAGCCCUUCUUACUUCGAGGUUCAACAAUCAUAUGCAGAUGAAGAAGAACUCCUCUAACAACAGGCUCCGCAAGUCCUCUACCAGCAACAGCAAAAGAAAAGAGCGAUCUUUUGAUUCUUCUGAGAAUAUUGUUGCUGAGGAUGCUCCAAAGUGCUUCAAUUGUGGGAAGACUGGACAUCUGAUGAAGGACUGCAGGAUGCCUAAGAGGAAGAAGGAUGCUGAGUACUACAAGCAGAAGAUGUACCUGAACAAGAAGAAGAUGUUGCUGGCUAUGGAAGAAAACAAGGAAAAGAGUGCUCUCAUGGCUGAAAAAGACCACUGGAUGGAUGAUUCUGAUGAGGAAGAGAAUUUGGCCUUGAUGGCAGUGGUUGAAGAAGAAGAGAAAGAGAAGGAUGCUGAAAAGGAAGGAAAGAUGAAGUCAACCCCUGCUGCUGAUGAAAAGGAGAAAGACAAAGCUGAGGAGAAGAAAAACCUGCCUACUGCAACCAAUGCUGAUGAAGCGACUGCCCUGACUGCUGAGAACAGAAAUGCUGACAAUGAAGUAAGUACCUCUAAUUCAUCUAUUCAUAACUGCUCUAGAACAGAUAUGCAUGAUAAAUUUAAGGAGCUUGAGGUGAAUUACAAACGGUUGUAUGAGGUAUAUAACCAACUGCGUGAAAAACAGACAUGCUCAAACAUUAAGAUAAUCAAUUCAGAGAAAACAAUCACUAAACUCACAACUGAGAAUAAGCGACUUAGUGCUAGUGAGAAAGAGUUGACAGAGAAGCUUAGAACAACUGAAAAAGAAAGAAUUAGGCUUUUUGGUGUCAAUAAUUUGCUAAUGGAAAGAAGGGGUGCUCUAUAUACUAAAAUCAAAGAACUUGAGGAUCUGUUAGCCAAAAGGGACCAAACAGAUCAGACCAUCUUCCUUAACCAGCCUAAGGACACUCGUUUCUAUAACGCCAAAGAAGGCUUGGGUUUGACCAAUCCUCAGAACCUGAAAAAGGUCAACUGUAAACAACUCUAUGAUGUUAGAUACAUGAAAAUAGGAUUGACCAAACUCAUGGCCUUCACUGGUAAUGAAGAAACGAAUGCCCUUGAGGAUGAAAAGAGAAAGACAAAAGCUGGUGUCGAGGUUCCUUUUGACUACACAGAAUUAAACAAGAGCUACAAAACCAAAGCACUCCCUUUGACCCCUGCUGAAGAAAUCUUGACCUAUCCUCCUGAAAAGGAAGCUGAGAAAGACGGAGAGGAGGCCUCCACAUCUGAACCAAUUGAGAAACCAGCCUACAUUCCACCAUUGGUGAGAAAGUUUGCUGAGUUAAAAGAUUCUUUUGAAAAGGAAAAGCAGGUUUUAGAAAAAGAAAAGGAUGAACUUUUAAAAGAAAUAUCUUCUUUAAAAACCGCCUCUCAGUCUAACACAGCUUCUCAACACUCUUCCCCUUCUACUUCUGAAAACACUUCUGAAAAUUCAAGCGAUAGUUUUAAGACUUCUCCUUCUCACCCCAAGUCUCAUUCUCCGACAGGGAAAGAUGUGAAGAAGAGAGUCGAGAGGAAAGGAGAGUGGAUUGAAGACAAAAUAAGAAGGAAGAAGAGAGAAGAAGAGUCGAGAUUAAGCAAUAAGAGUCAGCGGUCGAGCGCCAUUUUUUAUGAUAAGAAUAAGUCUAGUUCUAGCAUUAGUGAGCCAUCUACUAGUUAUGCUAAGAGAGUGGCUCCUAAGUCUUCUAGUUCUAAGAUUUCUGUCUCGAAUCGCUGUACUAAAUGUGUUUCUCUGGAUUGUGUUAAAUUAAUGAAAUGUUGUUGUUCUGAGUCUGUUUCUUCUCGCAAACCAAAUGAUCCUGUGAUUGUUAAGAAUGUUGUGAAUGAGCCCAAGAUUGAUAGGGUGAAUGUUGAGAGUGAGGUCAAAUUGCCAUUUUUAAGGUAUCCUCUCAAGAUUCACUCAGUCAAACAUCUGAGAAGGCUAUCACGUGAACCAAUCUUGAAAGACCAUUUAUCUGAACAAUCACUUAGGACGAAUGAAAGUUCCCUCGCUCCAAAAAUCGUUCAAAUAAAACAAAAAUGGGUUCCUAAGGCUGAAGCAGAACAAUUAAAAUUGAAAAAUUCUACUCAAUCAGCCAGCCAAGGAUCCCAAAUCAAAAAGAAGUUGAAACAAUUGCUCACUGUUGAUAAGGAAGGACCCAUCUGGCGAUGGGUACCUAAGCGAAACUAAUCUGUUUUGCAGGUCAGUCAUGUGUGGCAUCUUGAUUCGGGUUGCUCGUCACACAUGACUGGACAGAUUGAACUACUGAGCAACUAUUCUGAAAGGUUUGGAGGAAAUGUGAGGUUUGGGAACAAUGCUUCAUCGCCCAUACUCGGGAUAGGAGAUGUCAUCUGUGAGAGCGUCACAAUCAGAAAUGUGUCGUAUGUGCAGGGACUGAAGCACAACUUGCUUAGCAUCGGCCAAUUUUGUGACAAUGGAAUGGAAGUAAGAUUCCAUGCUAGGCAAUGCUGUGUGAUGGAUAUGGGUGGAACACCAUUAUUAAGGUGUCAGAGGAAAACCAAUCUCUACACCAUUGAUCUCAAAUCGGUACGAUCCCCCAUAUCCAUCUGUCUCCUGUCCAAAGCAUCAGAAGAACAAAGCAGCCUAUGGCACAGACGUCUCUCACACUUGAAUCUGCCAGCCAUCAGUUCCCUCUCCUCGAAGAAGUUGGUGAAAGGACUGCCUGUUCUGAAGAACUCCCCCAACCAUCACUGUCCUGCUUGUCAUUUGGGAAAGAUGAGGAGAGCAUCACACAAGUCAAAACAAUUUCCCUCCUCAUCUCGUCCCCUGGAGCUACUACAUAUGGAUCUGUGUGGUCCGAUGCGCGUGCAUAGCAUCAGUGGACGCAAAUAUACUUUGGUAAUUGUGGAUGACUACUCACGCUACACAUGGACCAAGUUUUUGCGCUCCAAGGACGAAACUGCAAACUUAAUCAUGACGUUCAUCAGGACCAUACAGAACUAUCUACAGCAGAAUGUGAAGAUCAUCAGAACUGACAACGGGACGGAGUUCAAGAACAAGGAACUGACCGAAUUCUAUGAAGCUCAGGGAAUUACUCAACAGUUCUCUGCAGCUAAGACACCACAGCAGAACGGUGUUGUAGAACGACGGAACAGAACCUUGGUAGAAGCAGCCAGAACCAUGCUGAUACAGUCAAAGCUUCCUCACUUCAUGUGGGCAGAAGCUAUCAACACGGCUUGCUUCACACAGAACAGAACUGUGAUCCACAAAAGAUUUGACAAGACACCCUAUGAGAUUGUGUUCAAGCGGAUCCCUAACAUUGCCUUCUUCCGCGUCUUCGGCUGUAAAUGCUACAUUAUGAACGACAGGGAUGCUAGGGGGAAGCUUGAUCCAAAAGCAAACGAAGGGAUAUUCAUUGGGUAUUCUACCAAUUCCAAGGCGUACAGAGUAUACUUGAAAGACAGAAGAACCGUCAUGGAGAGCAUCAAUGUGAGCUUCUAUGAAAUGGCGGACUUGGCUUCUGAACAUUUUCAUUCUGAACCAUCAACCUCUGCAAACAAUGAAACUCCAUCAUCUUCUGGAGUAGGAGGGCAGGGAGGUGAGACAAGAUCUGAUGAGCACGUGGUUCUGGAUUCUCUAUUUGAACACUUCUACAGUCAACCACGUGCACCACCAACUACAAAUGCUACAAUCACUCAGAACCCCCUGUUACCUGCUCCAACUACUGAAGAAACCAACACUCCUACUCAGAAUGAUGAUGAGCAUACAAAUAAUGAAGCUGAACAUGAACCAACCUCUCCUGUUAAUGAUCAACCUGAAGAAGCUGCAACGCAAGAAACCCCAGAAGUACAACCAGAACAAGAAUAUUCUGACCCUGAUCAUCCAAUCAUAACUCCACAGCCUCUACAACAUGAGAGAAAGUGGACUAGGGCACAUCCGCCAGAGCUGAUAAUUGGAGAUCCAUCUCAAGGAGUCAGAACCAGAACGGCAUCAGUCAAUGAAUGCUUAUACUCAUGUUUUCUGAGUCAGAAAGAACCAACAAAGAUGACUGACGCAUUGGCUGAUCCGGACUGGGUGAUUGCGAUGCAAGAAGAAAUGAACCAGUUUGAAAGAUUGAAAGUGUGGACCCUGGUGCCAAGACCUUACAAGAAAACCAUCAUCGGCACCAAAUGGGUCUUCAAAAAUAAGAAAGACGAAGAUGGUGUGAUCGUGAGAAACAAGGCCCGCCUGGUUGCAAAAGGUUACAAUCAACAAGAAGGAAUCAACUACGAUGAAACCUUUGCACCAGUGGCAAGAAUUGAAGCGAUAAGACUAUUCCUCGCUUAUGCUGCACACAAGAGCUUCACAGUGUAUCAAAUGGAUGUAAAGACGGCAUUUCUUAAUGGAGAUUUGAAAGAAGAAGUCUACGUUGCACAACCUGACGGCUUUGUUGAUCCUGAACGCCCCAAUCAUGUUUACAAGCUGAGGAAAGCCUUGUAUGGUCUGAAACAAGCACCGAGAGCCUGGUACGAAGCACUGUCAGAUUUUCUUGUAGAAUCAGGCUUCUCGAAGGGAAAGAUAGAUCCAACUCUCUUCAUCAAAAGACACAAGGGUGACAUCAUGCUGAUACAAAUUUAUGUUGACGACAUCAUCUUUGCCUCGUCGAAUCCAAACUUCUGUAAAAAGUUCAGCAAUCUGAUGCGCACCAAGUUCGAGAUGAGUAUGAUGGGAGAGUUGAACUUCUUUCUAGGGCUUCAGAUCAAGCAAAUGCCAGACGGAAUAUUCAUAAAUCAGUCCAAGUACAUUCACGACAUGCUAAAGCGCUUCAAAAUGGACAGCAAGUCAACGAUGAAAACCCCUAUGUCUCCCUCACAGAAGCUCGACUCUGACCCUUCCGGGAAACCAGUCGAUGCUACCAAUUAUCGGGCUAUCAUCGGUUCCUUGCUGUACCUUACAUCUAGCAGACCAGACAUUGUCUUUGCAACUUGCCUAUGCGCCCGCUUUCAAGCAAAUCCGAAGGAAUCACAUCUGAAUGCUGUUAGAAGAAUACUGAGAUAUCUCAAAGGAACAGUCAAUCUGGGCCUUUGGUAUCCCAAGGAAUCAGGCUUUGACCUAGUUGGAUACUCAGAUGCUGAUUUUGCGGGUUGCAAGCUAGACAGAAAGAGUACAUCUGGCGGUGCUCAAUUUCUUGGUGAUAAGUUGGUGUGCUGGUCCUCCAAAAAGCAGAAUUGUGUGUCCACUUCUACAGCUGAGGCAGAAUAUGUCGCGGCUGCUAGCUGUUGCUCACAAAUAUUAUGGAUGAGGACCCAGCUGAAAGACUACGGGUUCACUUUCUCACACAUCCCGAUCUACAGCGACUCUCAAAGUGCAAUAGCCAUCACGUGCAAUCCGGUCCAUCAUUCAAGGACGAAGCAUAUUGACCUCAGAUAUCAUUUCAUAAAGGAUCACGUUGAGAAAGGCACCGUGGACAUGUACUUUGUGUCUACGGAAUUGCAACUGGCUGAUAUUUUCACAAAGGCCCUGGAUGAAAAGAGAUUCAAUUUUCUGAUCUCUAAGUUAGGGAUGCUGAACCUGAACGAAUGAGUAACUCUGAACUGUGUGUGUGCGUGUGCUUUCAUGUUUUGCAUUUUAAUCAUCUUUGCAUCACAUUUUUCUCUCUCUCUCUCUCUCAUGCAUCAUUUUUUUUAUCGCAUGUUUUUCCUGUUAUUUUUCAUGCAUCAUUUUUUUUUCCAUUAUUUGCAUAAAUUGAGGGGGAGUUUGCAAAAUUUUUCAUUCUUAAAGAGAAGCAAGUGUUGAGGAGGAGCAAUCUUAAAUUUGAAAUCAGGCAGAAAUGGGCCCGUUAAACUUUGAAAAUUCUCCCGGGCCUAUUUAAACUUUUAAAACGCGCAAUCCUCCUCCCCAUUCUUCUCUCUUGCGCGAAACUCUCGGACUUCCUCAGAGCUCAAAUCCCCUCUUUCUCGCUCAAAUCUCCUCCUCGUCAAAAUCUCUAAGGGUAAAAUCUCCAUGAUUUCUUGCUAUUUCUGAGUCUUUCACAGGUAUCACACAAGAAAAACGAUGAACAGGCUGAACCAACGCUCUUGCGCUAACCCUAUUGCGUGAUUUCCAACUCUGCGCGAUCUUGGGGUGAUGCGCGAUUACCCUUGCGCGAUUAGGGCUCAUACGAGAUCUGUUCAUUUUCUUCAUCUUCAGACCUGCGCGAUUAAGCUAGGCUUGAGCAAAUUGUCUGGAGUUGCGUGAUUGGCCUUCCUUGCGCGAUCUCGGCCCUUGCGCGAUCUAUGUGUGUUGCGCGAUAUCAGCCCCUGCGCGAUCUGGGUGGGCUGAGCGAACUAGGGCUGCGCGAUCUACCAUGCCUUGCGCGAUCUACCUAAGAUGCGCGAACAAUGAAGCCUGCGCGAUCCCACCCCCCUUGCGCGAUUACCUCGGGUUGCGCGAUCUUAGGGGGUGCGCGAUCUAAAAUGCCCUUGAUCGAUUACUCUUGCGCAAUUAAGCCCUGCGCUAUCAUUUGGGCCGCGUGUUUGAGUGAUGCCCAGCCCAGAACCAAGUUCUUAGGAAAAACUUCAUUUGGGCCAACAAUGAACAAGUUAGACAAGCCCAAUCUUGACCAAAAGCAAUAAUCUUUUCUAAUUGGGCUCCACUUCUCUUUAAAAAAAAAAAUCAUAAAAGGAGGCCCAAGUGAGAAACAAAGUGUGGACUUAGCCAUUUUGAUCAUAUAAUCUAAUCUGUUUAACAUUUUCAGAUCGAAAUGGCUGCCAACACUCCAAUCAACAUGAUCUAUGCUAGGGAACACUGGAUCCCGAUCAAGGAGAACAACUCACAGUUGGACCCCGAAGUCUUCUCAUGCCAAGAUGACGUGGUCGUCUCAAUUCUAAAAGGACACAAGCUGUGGAAGGCACUGAGCAAGAAUGCUGAAGUUCCUCAGGUGUAUCUCCAACAAUUCUGGGGUACACUUGACAAGGACGUAGAUGCUAAUGGAAGGCAACUUGAUGACGUCCUAGCGGCCACGAUCUGCAACACCCGAGUCACAAUCACGAAGGAGCUCGUCCAACAAGUGCUACAGAUCCCGGAGGAGGAACACUAUGACGCGUUGGCCUCCGAAGCGCAAAUAUUUGAAGACAUGAUCACUCUAGGCCACGCUGAGCCCCUCCGGUUGAUGUCCGCGAUCAAGACAGCAAGAUUUCCACGACCAUGGAGGACACUUAUGGCUACACUGAACAAGUGCUGCACAUCCAAGCAUAGCGGCUUCGACAAAUGCAGCGGUUACCUCGUUUACAUCUUCCACGGCAUCGCUUUCAUGAAGAACUACGACUUCACCUCACUAAUCUGGGGUGACAUUCUGGAAAUGCGAAGAAGGAAAUUUGAAACUGAUCUGAUCAAACAUCUGCCAUACAUGAGAUGGUUCUCACUGCUGGUGCGACACUUCUGCAGAACAAUUCCAACUAUUCAGAGACGCAAAUCAUCUGAGAAUGUCAGCACUCCAGCCCUCCAAUAUCUGAAGAGAAUGCCAGAGGUACGCUCACUGGUACCAUUACCUAUUCCUGUUCCUCUCCUCCUGUUAGCUGAGCGAAAUGAUCCACAUGUCAUACGCUACAGUGAGGAGAAUGGUGUCAUACUCCCUAUGGCUCAGAUAAACCCCCCUGAGCCUACCCCGGGGAGUCAGCCGAGAGUAAGUGAGGGUUCUGAGAGUUCUACCCAGCCACAAAGACCAGUGGCAAGUUGGCCCCAUGAUGAUCAGACUAUGUCUGCUGAGGGCCACACCCGUGCUGAAGAGUUUACCCGUGAUUCGCCAAGCGUAGCCACAACACAAGAUGCUGACGAUGAGGGCUCUGGGAGCAAGGCUGAGGACAACAACGAUGAUGAUGAUGAGGAUGACAACAAUGCCAAGGCAAAGGGCAAGAAAGUCGAGAAAGCCCGCGCUAAGAAAGGACGACUUGUUAUAAGGCUUUCUCGGGCUACAACACAAGAGCAGUCUCACCAAAUCAAGGACACUCAAGGAAAUAUCAUCAGUGAGACUCGCUCCAAGGUACGUAAUGACAACCCCUCCUCAUCAUCUACUCCUGUGCAAAGAGUGCAAACCGCGAGCAACCUGGCGGAAGAGUUAGCUUUGUACGACAGCUGCUCUGACCUAGACACAAUAAACCGGGCUAACCCCAUAGGUGCAGAAACUGAUAUUUUCAGUUUCCGAGUAGAAGACGCAGCAUCCAGCCCAACUGCGCAUGCACAAGCCUCACCUAGCCACUCUGCUGCCUCCCAACAGGUAGUAGUUUCACAUAUAGGGGAUAUUAUACCCACCUCGCUGUCUCCCUACGAAGCAGCUGAGGAUUUACUUUGUGGUCUUCCGCCCCAGACCACUACCCCUCCUUCUAGCACAUUGAGUCUAGUUUCCACCAUCCCAACAUUUUCAACAUUUUCUAGGACACAUACACUGCUCACACCACCGCACACGACAGGUGCACUCUACUUGUCCUCAACGAUCGGAGAUACGUCGAUGAUGAUCGGAAGUCCUGCUGCUCAACAGAUAUCUCCAUCAUUAUCUGCAGGCCACACAUCGGUAAUCUUUACUGAUGCUGUGACAACGGUUACUACCCCUGUAACCGGACACCCUGACCCCACCGACCUUUCCGUCAUUCUGCAACGUUUCUUGGAUUCCACCAUUAAACCAUGGGUGCACGAAGCAAUAACCGCUCGGGCACAGGAAUUCAGGAACACCCCGGCGUUGCUAAAUGAUAUCAUCCAACCCCAACCAACAUCCUCACAUACCCAAGAAACCCAACCACUUCCUAUCAUACCUACCCAACAAACUUCUGAACCAUCCACAACCCUACCCCACACACCUACUGCUUCAAGGGGAUCCCAGGAUACAGAACUAGUGUCCUCCCCUACUUCGACCACACCUUUUCCUGACCCUAAAACUUUACCAUUCGAGGUACUCGAGAACCUAAUGCUAGAUCAACUACUAGCUACCGAAGAAGGCAACCUAACCCAGAAACAAAAAGACCUUCUUCGGAUCCUUAAGCCUGACAGCUCAUGCCGUGAUAGUCUCCUCGGUCACAAACGUUCGCAUGAGGACCCCGAUGACUCGGAUCCUCAUGAGGGGGAGAACAAGAGACAAAGGACACUUGAGCGUGAUGCGUCAACAAGCCAACCCUCUACGCAAUCCAACCAACCUGAAUCCUCGAACUAUCAGCCCCCACCAUCCACUCAUCAUAAAAGCCAAACAGCCAACUCACCCACAUCUAGCCCGGUCGAGCUAGAAACAACACUCCUAGGCUCAUCUUUCAUAGAUGUAGACCAAGGAUGGAGUGGAAGUCCUGAGGUUGCUACUUCGAGUACACCUUUCUAUUCAGGCCAUCAGAAAGAACCUAGUUCUAAUCUGAUGUCAACGGGCAAUCCUAGUGAUCCCGGAGUUACCAUUGACAGAGCGCCACAACAACAGCAGACUCCCUCCAACCAACCUGAUGAUCAGACACCCGAUGAACUUGAAGAAAUUCUAGUCUAUGACAAAUGGCCCCGUCAGUGGACAGAAUGGGAUGAUCUUAGGGUGGAGGCGGAGCAGUACGAAAUGUGCAGAAGUUGGCAGCUCAGAGAGUUUCUCAAUAAAUAUCAUGCACAGAUGAUUGGGCUCGACAAUGAUGAGAUAAAAGAAGGAGAAAAACGCAAAGAGCCUGAAUCUAUCACUAAGCAAAAGGCUACUCAGAAACCAGUAGAUAGUGUCAGAAUCAAGAACCCCUUCUUGGAAGAAAUCAGAGAACGAAUUUGGCGCAAACCAGAGAAGAUCAAGACAUACACAGAACUCAGGAUGCGUGGCAUCAAUCAUCUCAAAGGAAGAGACAGAGGAGGAAACUUGUACAUGCUCGGACAUAGAUCCACUGGAGAACGACGACAGAUUUUGAAUCAUAAUCUUGCAACAAGCGGAUGUCCAGUGCAAACAAUCCUGAAAGUUACAGAAGAGUACCUGGAGAAGAUUAAAUACAUGGUCUUUCAUCUACAAAGAACUGAUGGAUCAACCUUCACUUGUCAAGAAAACGAUUUCUUUCUGCUACAUAUGGACGACGUGUAUCAAAUGUUUAUGAGAUGCAGAGAGCUACCGGUCCAUAAAGAUAGACUUGCAAGAGAAGGAUUUGAAGCCAUAAAAAGAUUCAUGAUGAGACAAGUUCGAUACUAUGGAGGUCAUGAUCUUCAUAUGGGUCUGGAAAGUAAUUAUCCCAAAGUGAAUCUUACAAAGCCAGAACUUUACAGACCAGAAAUAGAAGACUUCCCAGAAGAUCAUAUCUUCGACAAUUCAACCUCAGUCAUCUACCUGAAUCAUGAAGGAAAGAAGCGCAUUUUGAUUAUCAAAGAAAUAAACAAAUACUGCGACGGAACGCUGAAGAUCAUCAGAAAUAGAAUGAAAUCAAAGAGAGAAGGACUUGUCAAGAAAUCAACUGAAGCCACAAAGAAAGAAAUCAAAGAACUGGAAAGAGUUGAUGAAGUUCUGAAGGCCAUCAAUAAGCAAAUCGAUGAUAGAAGAUCACUCAGAAAUUACGAGCAUGCUCUCAAUCUUAGAAAGCAUUAUUUUAAAGCUCAGAAGUGAAGAAAAGAAGAAGCAAGAACAUCUGAUCACAAAGGGGGAGAUUGUUAGAGAUAUUUUUAUUGUAAUUGUGAUCAAUGUUACUUUGCUAGUUUAUAGAUAGCUAGAAUAAUGAAUAGGCCUUUUAAGGCAAUUUGUAAUAAAAGGUUUUAUACCUUUUUAGGUAUGGGCCUCCUAGAAAAAGGAGCCCAAAUGAUUGUAAAACCUACCUUUCCCGUCAGGCUAUAUAUAUGCCUUAAGGGAAAGGCUAGGUUAAGCUUUUCAGAUAUUCUCAUACCCUAGUGCCGCAGAGCCUAUAUCGGUGAUAGAAGUUUUACGCUAAGUUUUGUUCAUCAUUCUGUAAACUUCUUCAUCAUUCAAUGGAAAGCUUCAUUCCCA